GCGCGUACCGACGUGAGCCAGUUCCGACGUAGAACGCGAACGACUCAGGCUAAUCCCUAAUAGAACUGGCUAGAAGUCGCGUCGUCGGCUCCCCGGACUCUUGUCUCACAACGAUUGAAAAGCAUCGAGAACGAAGCAAACGACCGGAAACGAUGAGGAAGUCAUCGCAUUGGAUCGUGAUAUUGCAGCUAGUAUCGUCCGCAUUCGCUUAUAGGUACGGUGGUCCGUGGUAUCGCGCGGACACGCAACGUCCAGUCGAUGUGAUCACCGAUGUCGUGAACGAUCUCGGUGUUAAGAUCCUUCAGCAGUAUUCGAUGCACGGGAAUGUGGCGUUCUCACCCACGGGGGUUGCUUUCGUUCUGGUUGCGCUGUACGAGGGAUCAGCCGGCAGAGGAAAUCAACAAAUCGUCGAAGCCAUGGGACUACCGAGCCGGGAUGUUACCAGAAUCGGAUUCAGAGAUAUUCACCGACGAUUGAGAAGUUACUUGAACGCCGAUGGGUUUUUGGGCGGACUGACUCUGAGCAGAGAUAACAUCGGACUUCGUCCCGAGUACGAAGAUACCCUGCGGUUUUACGGCUUCGAUUUAUCGAGUAUCGAACAGGAAGCGAAUGUUACCGUUAGCAUGGGAGACUCGUCAAUUACGACCGAACUUCCGACGUCUACGAUCGGCUCAACUUCACCGACGGUAGAGACAACAAAUACUAGCAUCGUGCCGGACACGACAACGACCGUGUCGAGAGACAUCGUUACGACACUUGCCACCGGUAGCACUCAAUCGACCACAUCAGACAACAAUCAGCAAACUGUUACAAUAUCCACAAGUGUCGAUAUGCAAACGACAUUGGUUUCAGUCACGAGUCCAAGAGCGAUCGAUACAUCUUCGACGCAACCGUCAGGUUUAACCACAUCCGUUGAUGGAAUUGUCCAGCAGCCGUCUUCGUCCACUGGUACGGAAAGCGUCACGGAUACACCGGCGAAUACACCGGCAAUAAAUACCGAUCUACCGGCGACAGUUACGGACAGCGACCAAAUGAGUACGGUUCUUGCUACGAACGAUCAAAGUCUACAAACUCCUUCAACGAUCGUCAAUGGAGCAAGCGGAACCGUCACGGAUGCCGUUCUUAAUGCAAAUACAGAAAAUAUCGGAAGUACAAAUGCACCGGGUUCGAAUUUAUCAAUGACCGCUGACACUCAAGUAACACCAACAAGUAGCUCGACAACUCUUGUUGCGCCAAUAACUUCAAACGGCGCAAUCGCUUCGAGUCCCGAAACGAUAUCGGACAACAAUAUCACUUCGCAGCCAAGUACCGAACCGUCGAUAUCCGCAAACAUUUCGACCGAAAUUACUCCGCAAGUAACCAAUCCGAAUCUUACAACCGUGCUGAUGACCACUACGAUAGUCAGUUCUGAAAGUGUGACGACGAUACCACCUGUUCAAGCGGUGGUAACGAAUACAAGCAAUCUUGCCGGAAAUUCGAGCGCUAUAAACGCAAAUUCCACGAUAAAUUCCUCGUCAACGAAUAAUCAAACGAUCGCAAACGCUACGACGAAUGGUACAUCAACGAGUAAUCAAACUGUUACAUCUCCGAUAGGCGAAAACACUAUUUCGAUGAAUCGGAAAAAGAAAGAAAUUAAAAUCGAAAACGUGAAAUCGGAUUCGAACUUAAAAAAUGACAAUAUUCACAACGACGAGUUCACGCAAAAUCGUCUUAAACGCAAAACGAGAAGUUCGCGUGAAUAUUUCUCCACUUACUCAGACGAAGGUAUUUGGAUGCAAGAUUUGGAAAUCUGGAAAUCUUACGGCGAGCCUAUCGGAGACUUCGCGACAGAAAUAUCGUUUUUGGUAAAUGGCUGCGACGUUUCUUUGGUAUCCGCUUCGAAAUACAUCGCUGUACUGCCUUUCGCGUACUUUCCAUCGUUACACGCUGUCGCCCUUGAGUUUCCUCUGGACGAUCCCCGAUAUAAUAUUAUACUUCUGAUGCCGACGGAUAAAACGGAUACGCACCGCCUGGCGAGAGAUCUCAGCGGGAAGUCAUUGAGAUCGUUGAGGAAGCGAUUACAACCUACUUGGGUCAGGGCCACUAUACCUUCGUUCAUGCUUCAUGGUUUCGUCACACUGACGUCAUUUCUUCAAAGGUUGGGAAUCUUGGACGUAUUCGAGCCAAGAGUAGCCGAUUUAUCGCCCAUGACAUCCGAUCUCGGUGUAUACGCCAGAGACGUGCAGCAGAGUAUAGGGGUUAAUAUAAGGAAUUAUAUGAAACCCGACCGGACCCAUUCUCGUGAGUCGUCUAAUGUCGUUCCACCUCGACGGGACUAUUAUCGAUAUCUGCCUCCAGGUAAUGGUUUAUUUGAAAGAGCCGAGCCCGUGCCUUUUACAGCUUUGCAUCCUUUUCUUUAUUUUAUCAUCGAUGCCGAGACCUCAGUGAGUCUAAUUGCCGGCCGAAUAGAUGAUCCACUUAAUUCAAGGAUAUUGUAGGAAUAUAAUCUACGAUGAUAAAUUUUUAAUAAACAUUCGUUUAUUUGACGAUAUUUUUAUAUAUAUAAAUAGUUAUAUUUUAUAAAAAGUAGACUUCUUUUAGCUUUUACGUACACAGCUAUUAUAAAGUACAUAAUUAACAUAUAGUGCUCUGUACAAAUUCUUGUUUGUAAAUAAAAAACAAUAUAUAGAUAAUAAAAAGACGGUGUAACUUGGAAAUGUGCAAGAUUGAGCAUUUGGAAGAAUGUUCCGAGUUUAUCUCUCGUGCUAUAAAAUAAAAAUUACGAUACUUCCGAGACAAUUCGCAUUUUCAUUGAUUGUUUUUCAUUAGUCCUAUGUGUAUAACUAUUUUUGUUAGCAAAAAUUUGAAUUUAUCUAUCUUACAGGACCAAAAUGAUAAUACCUGAGAGAGAGAGUACAACUGAAUUUAAAAUAAUUAAAUAUACACAAAAUUUUGGUUUUUGGUAUUGUUGC